UUCGCUAAAAACGCGAUCAUCUCCUGGUUCCGAGGCGAGUUCGCGGCGGCGAACGCGAUUAUUGACUCGCUGUGUGGACAUCUGUCUCGGUUAGAUGGCGGAAGGUGCGAGUACGAAUCGGUGUUUGCUGCUAUACACCGCCGCCGGCUGAAUUGGAUUCCAAUUCUUCAGAUGCAGAAGUAUUUUUCCAUCGCUGAUGUGACUCUGGAGCUCCAGAAAGUGGCGGAGGAGAAGGAGAAGGCGAAGGUAGGAGGCGUUGAGAAGAUCGUUGAAGAAAAUGUUUCUCCUACGGUUGUAGAGACGAAACCUGAAAUUUUGGAAGAGGAAUCCAUUGAUAUCRUUGGAAAUGGUGGUGAUGAGGUUGUUGAUGAUGAUUCCACCAAGGAUAAUUCGCCAAAGAGUGGGAUUACAGAUGCAGGAUCUCAGGAAGCGCAUUCGGUGGUGGAAAGUGUGGAGAUAUGCUCAAACCAAGAAGAUUGGGAGGCACGACGAGCGGAAAUCAAGAUGACAAAGGGGUUUGUAGCCAAGGAGUCAGUAAAAGGGCAUAUGGUGAAUGUUGUGAGAGGGUUGAAGUUGUAUGAGGAGAUGCUUAACAGCAGCGAGCUAUCUAAGUUGAAUGACUAUAUAACUGAACUCCGUAUUGCUGGCMAAAAUGGAGAACUCUCAGGCGAGACGUUUAUCAUGUACAACCARCAGUCGAAAGCAAUCAAGCGAGAGCUUAUUCAGUUUGGAGCUCCUAUUUUUGGACAGAUAAAAGAUGAAGCUAUCAAAACUCAAGAUAGCAAUAUCGAGCCAAUUCCUGCUCCUCUUGAAGGUAUCAUUGACCAUCUAAUUCAGUUUCACCUGAUUUCUGAAAACAGACGACCAAAYAGCUGUAUCAUAAACUUUUUUGAUGAGGGGGAGUUUUCACAGCCUUUCUUGAAACCACCUCAUCUYGAGCAACCCAUCUCGACACUUCUUCUAUCUGAAUCAACAAUGGCUUUCGGGCGUACUCUUGUCUGUGAUAACGAUGGAAACUACAAAGGACCACUCAUGCUUUCUCUGAAGGAAGGGUCACUCUUAGUGAUGAGGGGAAACAGUGCUGACAUGGCAAGACACGUCAUGUGUCAAUCUCCAACCAAAAGGAUCAGUAUCACAUUUUUCAAAGUCCGAAUAGACGACAACAACAACAACUGCGACAAAUCUCCAAUGUCACCAAAGGAUCCCAUGACCGGAGCCCUAACCGUAUGGCAGCCAGGCGUAGUACCAAACGGAACACUUGACGGAUACGACAUUAUCCCUAAAUGGGGUGCCAUUCGAGCCCCACAACUUCUAAUGUUAGCACCAAUACGUCCAAUGGUUAUGAGCCCAAGAAGGUUGCCCCGUGGUGGGACYGGUGUUUUCUUACCGUGGAACGGUGGAUCAAGAAAACCGGCAAAACAUCUACCUCCUCGUGCUCAACGAGGACGCCUUCUGGCACUGCCUGCCGYGGCCGAACCACACAAAAUGCCUGAUUCCGGCAUCAGUGUUGCUUGAGAGUCUGUUUAAUGCUUGUUUGGAGUGUACAACAAAAGCCUUUGGCGUUUGAGAGAUGAGUUUUCUUUUCUUGCCUUUUUUUACUUACGGCUUAAGCAAAGGAGAUAGGGGUUAGUGUUGGUGAUUAAUCACCUUAGAGUUGUUUAGAGGUAGUAGAAGUUAAAAUCUUAAGUUAAGAAAAGUGUGGAGAAGUGUUAUUAUCACAAAGUUCAUU